AUGAAGUCAGCUAUAGAAAAGGUGUUCCCAGAAAGCAAGCACAGAAACUGCUUCUUCCAUAUAAAAUCAAAAUGUUACAACAAGAAUUUAAGAUGCUUUGCAGCAAAUAAGGGCUUACCAGAAAUAUUUGAAGACACAGUAAACUUCUCAGUGACAGAAGAGGAAUUUGAGAUGCUGUGGCAGAAAAUGAUACUUGAUUAUAAGCUUGAGAAGAACAAGUAUUUCACCAAAAUGUGGGAGACAAGAAAAAGGUUCAUACCUGUGUACUUCAAAAAUGACUUCUUCCCAUUCAUACAGAGCACUGGAAGGAGUGAAGGAACGAAUGCAAGAUUCAAAGACAAUGUUGGACCUACAUAUAGCAUUGUCAGUUUCUUGCGUGAGUAUCAAAGAAUAGUGGACAGUAUAAGAAACAAAGAAGAAAUAGAAGACAACUUCAGCAAAGAGAAGACAACAAAGGAAUUGCACUAUGGGUACACAAUUGAGCAGCAAGCAAUGGAUCUAUAUAACAUAAACAUAUAUUUGAAGUUUAUGAAUCAAUUGAGGCUGACAGAAAGAUACAAAUAUAAGGAAACCGAACAAGGAAAAUGUUUUGAAGUGUGGUACAAGUCUAAUCAAAUAAAGAAACAUCAGAGAAUUCGGAAAUACAUAGUGGCAACAGACUUAACUGAAGGAAAGGAGGAGUUCAGCUGCAUAUGUGGAAAAUUCAACAAAGAUGGCAUCCUUUGUGCACAUAUCCUGAAAGUUAUAGUUGAAGAAGAAAUUAAUAAAAUACCAGAAAAGUAUUUCAUUGAUCGUUGGAGGAAAAAAAAUACUAGGUUUCACAUUACUCAUAGUGAAGGCUCAAAUACAACUCAUGAGCUACUCAGAUUUAACAUGCUAUCCAGGAAAGCAGCUAUAUUGACAUCUAAGGGUGCAAAAGGACAAAUUGCAACAGAAUACCUGACAGCAGAAUUUGAGAGGAUUGAAAAUCAUCUGGACACCUUGCUAAAAGAAAGUGAUGGACAAUCAGCAUCAAACAUAUCAGAAGAUGCAAGGCAGGUUUCGACAGACGUGAGUAACCAAGAAAUAGUCAGGCUUGGAGAUCCAACUAGAAUUCAACAAAAAGGGCGGCCAAAAAACCCAACAAAACUAAUUCCAAUGGUGGAGCAGCUGAGAGCUAAAAUGGCAAAGGCAGAAGCAAAAUAA